AUGUCACCUACAAAAUGCAAAAGUUAUACUGUUAAGCAAAAGCUUAAAAUUAUUUCAAAGGCAAAAGAAACGUCUAAUAAGGAAGCAGUGCACAUAUUUGGUAUCGAUUAUUCUCAAGUGUCAAGAUGGCAAAAAAAAGAAAAAAAAUUAGAAGAAGCAAUGCGUUCAUGUCAAAGUGUCGGUUCUGGAAGAAAAGCCACAUAUUCUCUUACGGAGGAAGUGUUAAGUCAAUGGAUAGUUCAAUUAUAUCAAGAUGGAAUUAUAGUAACACUGUUCGCAAUAAAACUUAAAAUAGUAGAGCUUCUUAGAACCAGAUUUUAG